AUAAAUAAUCAGUGAAUAAAUUGAAUGUAGAUUUUAGAUCACUGGCUAUUAAAAAACAAGUUAAAAGGGGUGUAGGGUAAAGUUGUCGUUAUUUUAACUUAAAAAUUUUGUUAUUGCCCUGUUUUUACAUAAUACUAGGCAAAAAGCGUCCAAUCUCCUAACCUUUGUGUGAACCCUUCUCACACUCCAAUUAGUGUACUACUAAUGAAACUAACAACACAAAUUCUCUUGACCCAAAACUAGUUUUGAAAAUUUGUUAGUAAAAAAAAGUGGGGAGUUCCAUCAAGUUAAUUGAUUUGUAAUUAAAGGUUGACAAUUAUUGAUAAAAUAGACGUUUCUAUGAGAGAACACAAUAGAUAAACAAUGGUGAUGUGUGGUAGAGGCGAACAUGAGAGAGAUAUGAUUUAAACUCAUUGGCCUUUAAUGUGCUCCGAUGUCUGACUCUACGACCAAGUUGGCGGCUCUGCCCGAUCCUGGGAGCACCUCUCCUUCAACAGGGGACCAGCGUCUGAGACAGUUGGAGGCCAUUUUUCUCGGAGGACCGAUACAAGGGCAGGGGAGAUGUUUCAGCAUAGAAACUCUCCUAGACAUCUUGAUCAUCCUGUACGACGAAUGUUGCAACUCCUCCUUACGGCGUGAGAAAACCGUCUCUGACUUCAUUGAGUUCGUAAAACCGGUUGCGACGUGUGUCAAGAACCUACGGUUAUCCAGGGAUGAUUUUGAGAUAAUCAAAGUAAUCGGUCGAGGAGCUUUUGGUGAAGUGUGUGUCGUGAAGAUGAAAGGUACAGAUAAAGUCUUCGCCAUGAAGAUCCUAAACAAAUGGGAGAUGUUGAAAAGAGCAGAGACCGCAUGUUUUCAGGAGGAACGUGAUGUAUUGGUAUAUGGUGAUAGAAGAUGGAUAACAAAUUUACACUACGCAUUUCAAGAUGAUAACAACUUGUAUCUUGUCAUGGACUACUACUGUGGUGGUGACCUUCUUACUCUGCUUAGCAAGUUUGACGAUCGCUUACCCGAAGACAUGGCUCGCUUCUAUAUUGCCGAGAUGAUUUUGGCCGUCAGCUCUAUACACAACCUUAGAUACGUACAUAGGGACAUCAAGCCAGAUAACGUUCUGCUGGAUGCCAACGGUCACAUUCGACUCGCUGACUUUGGCUCCUGUCUGAAGCUGUUUGAAGACGGAACUGUCCAGAGCAAUGUAGCUGUGGGUACGCCAGACUACAUUUCUCCAGAGAUUCUUCGGGCAAUGGAGGAUGGUCAAGGCAGGUACGGGCCCGAGUGUGACUGGUGGUCCCUGGGUGUCUGCAUGUACGAGAUGCUUUACGGGGAGACUCCCUUCUACGCAGAGUCCCUCGUAGAGACUUACGGCAAAAUCAUGAAUCACAAGAACUGUUUCGAUUUCCCGUCUGAACUAGGUUAUGAAGUAACAGAAGAAGCCAAAGAUUUAAUGAAGAGACUUAUAUGUACGGCUGAAUUACGACUUGGCCAAAAAGGUGUAGAUGAUUUUAAGAACCACCCGUGGUUUGCUGGUCUAGACUGGGUGACAUUGAGGGACUCAGUGGCUCCUUACAUUCCUGAAGUCUCGUCACCCACGGAUACCAGCAACUUUGAUGUGGACGACACUGUGAUCCGUACCUCAGAUACGCUUCCUCCCACAGCCAACGCUGCCUUCUCUGCUCUGCAUCUGCCGUUUGUGGGCUUCACCUUUACACAGGGCAGUCGAGUCAGUGAUCUGAGUCAUUUCCCCAUUAGUCCCAGUUCCCCCACUGGUGUACAUACUACCAACAAGCGCAUGCGUCUACUUGAAGAAGAGCAUCUUAUCAAAAAUACAGAUCCAAAAAGCAAUAAAACCAACGAUGAGGAGAGAAGAAUAUCCCCCACCAGUGAAUCAGGCAACGGACUACGUAGGUUGCAAGAUGAAAUCAAUAGGCUGACCAAGAGAAAUUGUGAACUUGAAAACCAGCUGAGAGGGUUAGAACAGAUGGCUGACAUCAAGGUCUCUCCUCUACCGCACAUGGACACCUUACAAAGAACUCGAGAACUUGAGAAGUGCCUCAGGCUACUCAAACAGGAGAAGGAAGAGGCUCAGAAGGAAAAGCAAGAUGCACUGGAGAAACUGAAACUUCAGGAUAAAGAAUUGAAGGAUGCUUUAAGUCAACGUAAAUUAGCAAUGUCGGAAUACACUGAAGUCACCGACAAAUUGUCAGAGCUGAGACAACAGAAGCAGAAGGUGUCUCGGCUGGUGAGGGACAAAGAGGAGGAGCUGGAGGUGGCCAUGGCCAAGGUAGACGCCCUCAGACAAGACAUGCGGAGGGCGGAGAAGCUACGGAGGGAGCUGGAGGCGAGGGUGGAGGAGGCGAUAGCGGAGGCAGGCAAGGAGCGCAAGCUGAGAGAACGGAGUGAGGAAUACUGCAGACAAAUGGAGCAAGAGACAGAGAGGUGGAGACAACAGAGGAGAGACUUGCCUCUCGGCAGUACAGACAGUCUGACCAUGUCUCCCAACACUCACUCACAGGAGAUAGCCAGGUUGAAUGCUGAAGUGGAGAGGUUAGAGGUGCAAUACAAGGAGUCUCUACAACAACAGCAGGCGAGGUACAGCAUAGAGAUAGCCAGCCUCAGGGAGCAGCUUGCGGAGGCAGAGGGACACCGGGAGAUGCUGGAGAGAGAGGUACAAAUGGCCAAAGAUAAGUUGGACUCUUCGCGUCUGGAGAAUCUAACGGACAGUGAAGAGACGAUUGCAGAGCUGUCUCGACGACAUGAUAGAGACAAACUCAUGCUGCUAGAGGAGAACAAGAAUCUCAUUCUGGAGGUGGAAAAGAUGAGCGAUGAACUGAGCAGGCUACAGUCGGAGAGGAGGUUGAGAGAAGAUGAGUACGAGGAAUUGAGAACCAAACAAGAGGCCAUUGCUCAGUGGGAGGCACAGAUUACGGAGAUCAUACAAUGGGUGAGUGAUGAGAAGGAUGCGAGAGGCUAUCUACAAGCACUUGCCACCAAGAUGACUGAAGAGUUAGAGUUCCUAAAACAUGCUGGCAUAGCCAACGUCCCCACCUCGGACAAAAAUUGGAGGAAUCGUCGGUCGCAGAAGCUUGAGAAGAUGGAGUUGUUGAAUCUACAGAGCAGCCUUCAGUCAGAGAUACAAGCCAAGACAGCCAUCAGUGAGGAGCUUAGCAAGACCAGAUCUGAUCUAGUGGCCUCUCAGAAAGAGUUGCGAGACUUCAGGCAGCGUUACGACAGCAUCUCUCACGAGUUGAAGCGCAAGGAGAUGCAGAUUAAGGAGUUACAAGGUCGUCUGGACUCAGGCGAAGGAUCCUUUGGGGAUGUAGUCAACGGUGUUGAAAUUCGUUUAGCUUCUCAACAUUUACGGAUUCUGGAGCGACCCUCGUCCCAGAUGUCGUACCUCGACCACUUCCUCAAAGAGACGUCGGCGCGACACGGUGGCUCGGUGGAGAGUGAGGAGGGAGACAUCGAGGAUAACCGAGCUCCCUCGAUAGCAAGUAGCAAGAGUAACCUGUCAGAGAUGAGCAUGGACCAUCACGGCCAUCAUCACCACCAUCACCAUAGUCAUAGUCAUCUGCCUCCCAAGCCCAAACAUCAUCAGUUCCUGGUAAGGACGUUCUCCUCUCCCACCAAGUGUAACCACUGCACCUCUCUCAUGGUGGGACUGACUAGACAGGGAGUGGUGUGUGAAGUGUGCGGCUUCGCCUGUCACAUGGCCUGCUGUGAUAAAGUACCACCGGUCUGCCCCGUGCCUCCCGACCAAACUAAGAGGCCGCUUGGCAUUGACCCUACGCGAGGCAUCGGCACAGCGUACGAGGGCUAUGUCAAGGUACCCAAGACUGGCGGAGUGAAGAAAGGCUGGGUGAGGCAGUUUGUGGUGGUCUGUGACUUCAAGCUGUUCUUGUACGACAUCUCGCCUGACCGCAACGCAUUGCCUUCAGUGUACGUCAGUCAGGUGUUGGACAUGAGAGACGAAGAGUUUGCUGUGUCUAGUGUGCGUGACAGCGAUGUCAUACAUGCCACCAAGAAGGACAUCCCCUGUAUAUUCAGGAUAACAACGUCACUAAUGGACCCUCCAGGUCUCAAAAACCACACACUCAUGUUGGCUGACACUGAGAGUGAAAAGAGCAAGUGGGUGGUGGCACUGAGUGAGCUGCACAGGAUACUAAAGAGGAACAACCUUCCCAACACUACGGUGUUUAGAGCUAAGGAGUUGUUGGACAACACGUUGGCCUUUAUCAAGAACGCCAUGUCAGGGGCCAUCAUAGACCCAGACCGCCUUGUAUUGGGCACUGAGGAAGGAUUGUUCUGCUUGGAUUUGGAUCGCUCUGAGAUCGCUCGUGUUGGAGAGGGAAAGAAGAUCUUCCAGCUUGAAUACGUUGUGGAAGAGCAAGUCUUGGUUUUAUUAUCAGGCAAACAACGUCACCUGAGGCUGAUACCAGUGAGAGCGCUGGAUGGUGAUGAGGUGGAGUGGAUCAAGGUGGCUGAGACUAAGGGAUGUAUCACAUUCACUACAGGGGUCAUGACUAGGACGCCUCAGCUGGCCUACUGUCUGUGUGUGGCCAUCAAGCGACAGAAUACAUCGCAGGUGAUCAUCUAUGAGAUAACAAGGACCAAGCUUCGCCACAAGAGAGUAAGAGAGGUGAUGUUGCCCACUCAGGCCCAGUCAUUACACAUCUUCAGUGAGGGCAGACUGUGUGUGGGAUACCAGUCAGGCUUCAGUGUGUACAGCAUCAUGGGAGAUCACCACCCUCUGUCCCUGAUCCACCCGGACAACCAGCUGAUGGGGUUCCUGUCGUACAGUGCUGUGGACGCCAUGCGAGCUGUAGAGUUACCACGUGGAGAGUUCCUUCUAGUCUUCCAGUCUCUGGGUGUCUACGUGGACAGCCAGGGACGCAAGUCUCGCGACACUGAGCUCAUGUAUCCCGCUGUGCCUACUGCCGUCAGUUACUGUGACGGACAGCUGCUAGUCUACACCGAGACACACAUAGAUGUGUUCAACGCAGCCAGUGGUGAGUGGCUACAGACGAUUAACCUGAAGAGAGCGCGACCUCUCAACACCACAGGCUCUCUGAGUAUCUGUGUCAUCAACGACAUGCCUCACAUCGUCUACCUCAACAACAUACACCAGCGUGAGCUGAUCAAUGUGACAGUGUGUGACCCGACAGGCAAGGCAGUGCCACGACCCAGACGCAGGUUCUCUAUCAGAGAAGGUCAUCGGACUACACGGGCGCCAGACAGGAGGUCCAAGAUGAUCUCAGCCCCUACGAACUUCAAUCAUAUCAGCCACAUGGGGCCUGGGGACGGCAUACAGAUACAGCGACUGCUGGACCUGCCUACAACACUGGAGACAGCUGAUCAGCAACCUCUCUCACAGCAGAGGAUAGUACAUGGUCCCAUGGUGAGCAGCAAGAUGGCACAUCAACCCCCCCGCCAUCCUCCCAUGCUGGAACCACGUCAUUUACCCCGUCAGUCAUAUUCUGGACACAAUGGUUCAACGACGAGGCGGGCCCCCGCACCUCCCCGCCCAUCAGUCACUCCCCCCGCUCUGCCCCGCACUCCCGACACUCUCAGUCACCACUCGGACAUGGAGGCAGGCCACCACAGUUUACAUGACAUCUCCAAGGACCAGGUGGUAGCGUCCAGUCCCAGACACUCAAUAGCUUCCAACAACAGCAGCAACCCCUCCACGCCCCCCUCCCCUGGCCACGACCACAACUCUUCUAGUUACGACAGUUAGACGUAAUAUAUCAGAUCUGUGACGAAUCUUUCGAGUACUUAUUAAUAUUAGUAAGUAAUCUUUUUUAAAUCUCCAUAUUGUAUUUAUAUGAAAAUACUAACUGAAUAUUUUAACUGAUGUUAUUAUAAAAAUCUGUAUAUAGUUGUUUCUAGGUAGAUAAAUUAUAAAUAUACCUAGUCCGUAAGAGUUGUACACAGCUAGCGGAGUUUUAUUAUCGGACAAGACUCGAUAUUAUGAAUGUUUUUAGAUUGUACAUUUUUAUAUAUUUGUGUUUCUAGUAUUUAUUAUUUUAUAAAAAAGUGAUCUAAUUUAAAUUAUUAAGGAAGUACAACUUAGAAAUUAGAUUUUUGUAUAAAUCAGAUCGAACAUUUCUUUAUCUUCUGUCCCUUGUACAAAAGGUCCAAAUCUGGCCUAGUAUGCAUUUCUGGUGUGUUUUCUUUUGUUACCACUAACUUUAGUUGUGUAAGUCUUAUUUUGGUGCUACUUAUUAUGUUAUGUAGAUUACACAUAUUUAGGACAUCACGCCUCACUAUAAUUUUGUGGUGGUGCUUUUACAGCUGUUUGUUUCACAACCGGAUAGCUAUGCGUAAUGGUUUUUGCAUGUACCACUUUUUUCAUGAAUAAUUUGUACUAUGCAUAUUUACAUAAUUUUUUGUAUAUUGGCUGCAUUCUCUUGACCUUAAGUAAUCCAGUUUCUACUUACCAAACCAACAUACAACCAACCAUGAACAUUUCAAAAUAAUAUUAAUGAGUAAUAAUGAUUGUCCUAUUACUAACAUUGUUAUUUAAAUACUCUUGUGUUUAAACUACUUAAAACUAGCCACAAUUUAUAAGAGCCGCGGUAUAUUUUUUUCGCUAUGGCCUAAUGUUCCUCCUGUUUUAUCAUCCUCUUUAAGUUUUUUGUUUAUUGACUAAGGCGAAGCCAAAGUUAGAAAAUGAGCGAUGGUCAAAAAGACAUUUUUUUUUCUUUUUAGUGAACUAUAUAUAUUAAAUAUUUGUAGUGAAAUUACUAUGUAACACAAUGAUAAACUCAAACAAAUUUUAAUGACGAUACAAUAAUAUAUAGGCCUAAUAUAUAUCUCAGUCAAGAUUUUCUUCAGACAAAAAACAGUGGAUUGAUUUUAGCAAAAAUAAUAAUGUUCUCAACUCCAGCUGUUGGGGAAAUACAAGCAACUUUAGGCCUGCUAAGCGUGUAUUAAAAUCAGUUGGUUUUUCUUUAGUAUUUCUUUAGUAUUCUUUAGUAACCUGGAAACUUUUUGAUAUAGAUUUAAUAUUUUAAAAUAUUAUUACCUACGACCGUUUAUUAAAGUAGCCGUUUCAGUACAGUUAUUAGAAUUGAAAAGUAUCUCAUAACAGCACUGUUUACUUUCAUAACAGCAUAGUUUUACUCAUAACACACGGGUAACGGACCAAUGAGGUUCAAGGAUUGAGAGAGGAGAAGUAAAAUUGUAAUAUUCGAAAUUCAACUAAUCAGCUGUUCAGGCCAAUUUAAUUGUUGAUUGGUGCAAUUAGUGUUUGAUACAAUGUUUCGUUGCAUCACUGUCACUGGCAAUGAGAGGUUAUAAACGAAAACAUAACCUCUUUUAGAAGUUUUGAGUAGUGAUGUUUUGUAAUUAAAACAAUGUCGUAGGUAAAGUAGUGUACGCAACUCGCGUAAAUAGUGUUAACGACCCUCGUAGAAGUUUUUAAGACACUCGCCAAGGUUUGUACCUUAAAUUUUCUACUCGUGUCGUUAACACUAUCUUUACGCAAUCAUUGAGUAAACUACUAUUACAUGUGGCCAAAAUAUUAUUCAAACUAAACCAACGAUAUUGGAACAUAAGUUUUUUUGUAAAUUCAUCUCAUCACUUAAUUGUAGUGGUGGGUGAUCUCGGUGUCUGUUUGAUGGUUAUAACUUGACUUAGUAAUGAGAGAACAGCUGUGAAGCGCUGCCACACGCUUUACCAUCGCUUUACAAUUCGCUUCAUCUUGAGGUUUUGAGACUAUCAGUAUUGUAUUAUAGACUCUCCACAGCAUAUGUGUAUAUCUUGUAUAGUCUACGUAUUGUAUACUUCCAAGUGCUUGACAAUAGUUGAGGAUUCUGCCAUAAGACUGUUAUUUUGCUUGGUUAUUAUCAUGCUUGGUGUAUAUCUGUAUCGUAAUCCUUACGUUCGGUCGUUGCCAUGUGAAUCAGCUCGCAUUUGUUAUCGAGUGCUCAAGUGAUAAUUUUGUUUAGUCGAAAUUCGCCAUGUAUAAUACGUGUGUUGGGAAUUUAUAGAGUUUUACUGUAGAUCGCAAGUUUUUUUUACUACGGUUUUCGUUUUUUAGAUGGAUAUAAAGUAUAAAUAGGUAUACUUGUUGAAGUAUCGUAAUGUGAGUAUUUUAAUGCUCGGAGAUUGUAGUUAAACUGUUAUUCUUCGCGUCGACUCUAAAAACGUUUAUGUAUCUGAACUAAAAUCGUCUAUUAGUUGUCAAAAUUAAAUAUUGUUGAUUGGCAACCUAGCCAAACUGCCUUAACCAUACCUGGCCUAAAGGUUCUACGCUCAGCAAUAAUCGCUUUUUCGUUUGUUUGCAACAAUUUAAAUUUAUCCGUGCGUUUGUAUACAGGACUUUUCAAACACAAAUAAUUAACAUAUCAACGUUACUCCAAUGGCUUACUUUGUCAUAGUCUUGUAUAUCUAAUGUUUAAGGUAAUUUUAUAUCUAAUUGUUCAGAUUACAUUGUUAAUAGUCGAUCCGACUGAUAUCUCUAGGUAUCACCCACUUAUUUAUACAGACUGCACCUAUUAUGUUUAACCUGACGCUUCAUCAUGUAUGUAUAGCACUGAAACUAUUAUUUGCAAUAUGUAUUUAUCAGAAGUGAUGUAUUAUUUCUAAGUAUUAUCUGACUCAAAUCACCUCGGUCUCAGUGAUUUCAUUUGUUUGCAUUUCCAAAGAUGUAUCUAAGAUUAUAAGGUUAUUGUAUCAGACAGUCAAUUCAUUGUAUUGAGGCAAUAACUUAGUAAUACCGGUAAAUGUACAUAAUAGAGAUUGUUGAAUUUUAAUCCCGAUCAUAUUUGUCUUUUUAAUUUCAUACAUUAUCAUUAUUUAUUUUUAGUAUUUAUUUAUUUGAUAUAAAUUAUAAUGUUUUUGUGUGAUAAUUUUUUCUUAAGAUCAAUGUGUGUUUUUUAAAGAUGUUUUUUCGUUGUGUGGUGUUACCUUGAUUUCUGCCAUCAUUUGAUCGGAACGGUUGACAAUAUAUGUACAGUUUACAUCUUAAUGAAAUUUUUCAAUCUGUGACAUGUAUUUUGAUUUCUAUUUAUUGAUAUUCGUUUAGGAAACCAUAGUAAAAAUUUAC